AUGAUUUUACAAAAUAAAACUUUGAUUAUCUCAGCCACACUGGCAUUUUUUGUGUGUAGUUCAAAAAACAUUAUUAUUUAUAAUGAAGAAAUCUUAGUUGCUCUGAGUUUUUUAUGUUUUGUUCUGUUUAGUUUUCACACAUUUCAAGACACCGUGAAAGAAACUUUUGCGCAGAGAAGAACACUAAUUCUUCAAGAAUUAGAAUACAUGCUCGUGGCAAAAGAAACAGCCGUUCAAAAACUUCAACAAACAUAUCAACACAGUGUUCAAUUGCUUGAAAGUAUUGAGGCAUUGAAAACAGCAGCUGUACAAGAACUUGAACGAGCUCAACACGCACGACUAACUGCUUUUGAAGCAAGUAUUCAGAAAAAAUGUGUACAAAAAGUGCAACAGAUUCUUCAGGUAGAGAAACAAUUGCAACAUACACUGCAUCAAAAUAUUCGAGACAAUUUCACGCAAAGUGUUUUAAAGUAUUUUCAAAAAAAUCGAGAGACGUUAAUCCCACAACUUUUUGAUCAAGCUUGUACACAACUUAAAAAAUAA